GGGACAGACGGAAUCUCUCCCCUUGGUUCUCGGUCAGUUACGCGAUCGCCAGCGAACGAGUCGCGCGGCCGGUGCGCGCCCCGAGUUGCUCUGGUCUGGUCAUCGCGCUGCCACCGAGUCAGUUCAGAGUCAGUAUCGAGAUAGUGUAUCUGUUGAUAACGAACGCGAUCAUCAUACCUCUGAAUCGCGGAGGGAGAAAUCGACAGACUUCGAGGAUCGGUGUGAUCGCGAACAGUGUUGGUGACCCGAAGAUGCGGGGACAGUGAGCAGAGAUCGCUCUUUCUCGACAAAAGGUUCGUGCGCUUUACAGCGCGGUGGAGCGGCCCCAAUGCCGGUCAGGAAGGGCCUCCUCGCUCCACAGAACACUUUCUUGGAUACCAUCGCAACUCGUUUCGAUGGAACCCACAGCAACUUUGUACUGGGAAAUGCGCAGGUUCCGUCGAUCUAUCCGAUCGUCUACUGCUCCGAUGGAUUCUGCGAGCUGACGGGGUUUGCGCGAGCGCAAAUCAUGCAGAAGGGUUGCGCUUGCAAAUUCCUCUACGGGUCGGAAACGAAGGAGGAGGAAAAGGCAAUGAUCGACAAGAGCCUCGAGAGCAAGACGGAAUUGAAGAUGGAGGUAGUCUUCUACAAAAAGAGCGGAAGCCCAUUCGAUUGCCUACUCGACAUCGUCCCGAUAAAGAACGAGAAGGGUGACGUCGUACUGUUUCUGGCCUCGCACAAAGACAUCACACACACGAAGAAUCUUCAGCUCUGUGAGUUGCACGAUAGUGACUCGAAUGGCAAUAUCGAUCCUGAGGCACCGCCUUCCAAUUACGGUAGAAGAAGAAGUCGCGCCGUCCUUUAUCAACUCUCGGGCCAUUACAAGCAGGACAAUAAGCACAAAAUUAAGCUAAACAAUACGCUUCUGCAUUCCACUGCGCCGCCUUUACCGGAAUACAAAACGACGGCGAUCAAAAAGUCGCAGUUCAUCCUUAGUCAUUACGGUGGCUUCAAAUCCUGCUGGGACUGGUUGAUCCUCAUCGCGACCUUUUACGUGGCAAUAAUCGUUCCCUAUAACGCGAGCUUCAUCAACACCGAUAGGCCUACCAUGGUCAGUGACGUUGUCGUCGAAGUGCUCUUCAUAAUCGAUAUCACUUUGAACUUCAGAACGACGUACGUGAGCAGGAAGGGCGAAGUGGUCAGCAAUAGCAAAAGCAUCGCCAUGAACUAUGUGAAAGGCUGGUUCUUUGUCGACCUCGUGGCGGCAUUACCGUUUGAUUUCCUCUACGCUUCGGACGUCUACAGUGGCGAGGAUUCAGCGCACAGUAAUAUUCAUUUAGUAAAACUUACGCGAUUGUUACGACUCGCGCGGCUCUUGCAAAAAAUGGACAGAUACUCGCAGUACAGCGCCGUGAUACUAACGAUGCUCAUGCUGUUCUUCAUUGUGGUGGCACACUGGCUGGCUUGCAUCUGGUACGUCAUCGCCGAGAAGGAGAGGCUGCGGAACGACAAAGAUUGGGAUCUGGGCUGGAUACAUACCCUGGCUGAGAAACUGAAAAUAUCCGUGCAAAAUGUCACGCACACAGAGAGCUAUAUAACGGCGUUAUAUUUCACCUGCAGCAGCCUGACUUCUGUGGGUUUCGGCAACGUCUCGGCGAACACAUUCUCGGAGAAAUUCUUUUCAAUUUGCACGAUGUUGAUCGGCGCUCUCAUGCAUGCCGUGGUGUUUGGCAACGUUACCGCGAUUAUUCAGAGAAUGUACUCGAGACGAUCGCUGUACCAGACGAAGCUGCGGGACCUCAAAGAUUUCCUGGUCCUGCAUCAAAUCCCGGAGGAGCUCAAGCAGCGAAUGCAAGAUUACUUUCAGACCAUGUGGUCGCUCAAUCACGGUAUUGACGUGCACGAGACACUUAAACAAUUUCCCGAGGAGUUGCGGGGAGACGUUUCAAUGCACCUCCAUCGCGAGAUUUUAAGUUUACCGAUAUUCGAAGCCGCCUCGCAAGGAUGUCUGAAGCUGCUCUCGCUUCAUAUCAGAAACAAUUUCUGCGCCCCCGGCGAGUUCCUCGUCCACAAAGGCGACGCACUUUCCUACAUAUAUUACUUGUGCAACGGGUCUAUGGAGGUCGUGCAAAACAGCAUGGUGGUCGCAAUUUUAGGAAAGGGUGAUUUGGUGGGUUGCGAUAUAAACGUUCACCUGCAGCAUGGAAAUAAUGGCGGUGGCACAUCCGGAUCUGGUUCCGUCGACGUCGUAGUGAAAUCCAGCUGCGACGUAAAGGCGCUAACGUAUUGUGAUUUGAAAUGCAUACACAUGCAGGGUUUAGUGGAGGUCCUGCGACUGUACCCCGAGUAUCAGCAUGAGUUUGCGCACGAUAUACAGCACGAUCUUACGUACAACUUGCGCGAGGGAUACGAGGCGGAGCAGGAGUCUGAUAUGAACGGUCCGUCACUGACACUGCCCUCCAUUAGUGAAGAUGACGAAAACGCGGUCGAAGAGGGCGAAACUUCUCCCUUGUCACCACCAAACAAAUCACCACUUCAUGCGUCUUCGAGCCCGCGACAUGCCAAGUUCAGGGAGGAUUACAGAGAAGGCAGACGCCCGGGCAGGGGAGUGCUGGUGCGCGGAGGAAGAGCAGCGCAGGUGAUCGCGCAGGAGUCUGUGGAGGAUCAUAUUCGCGGGUCCGUCGAGAGGCUCGACAAUCAGUUUUCCACCCUGCACCAGGAUGUGGCGACGCUCAGCUGCGAGGUGCGCAACGCCAUUCAAGCAUUGCAGAUGCUCGCCUGCUCGCCCCAGAGUAAUCCGAAUCUGCCGACCCCGGCGGCGAGCCGCGGCAGCGGGGUCCUCGCCAGGAGCUCGUCCCAUCCACCGGACGCCAUUUGUUGGAAUCCACCGGCGAGGCUGAUGGACAUGUCCACGCAGACGGACUGGCCGGUGGAUAUGUUCGAGGCUUGGGUGCGCGCGAAUCCUCACAGGGCCCUGCGGGUCCUUGGCCUCGAUCCUAACGUUGUCCUGAGGCCACCACCCCUAUCGCCCACGCCGUCGCCGUCCUCGCCCCCGCCGCCACCCUACGAACCGCUGUCACCCUUGGUGGCCUCGCCGCAGCAAUCACCCUCGCGGUCUCCGACGACAGGAAACGGCAGCUACGUCUUCGGGAUCACGCGCAACGCACACAUUCCACGGCUGUACAGGCCACCCAACUCAGCCUGGGAUCCCGACAACAAGCUGUGGCACCGCUUUAGCGCCGGUGACGCUGACAACGCGUCAUUAUAUCAGGCGUUGCGAGGUCUUCCGGAGUCACGUUCAUUGAAGUUUGAUACCUUCGACAGCUGAACUGAUUAACUUUGCGCUGGAAAACUCAUGUACCAAUGAAAAGCAGAGGGAGGAUACCGAAGAAUCUACAUGGCAAAAUUUCGUGAAUUUAUUACAUUUAAUUGUUAUCGCUACAAACAUUUUGCGUCGCGAUAAAAUUGUCUGAAAAAUUUUAUCCUGAAAAUUUGGAUAUUAAUUGGCUUGAACAGCGCGAUAAUUGUAAAAUCAGAGGUUUCAGGCAGUAUGUUUGAAUGAAAACACUAAAAACGUCAAAAAUGUCAUCCCUUCAAAUUGUUAAGGAUUAAUCAGAGUUUUUUUACUGUCUCCCGAUAUCUCGAUACUAUGAGUGGAAUGAAACUAUUUUUGACAAGUUGAAAUUCGAAAUUUGAAAGUGCGCAAGAUUAAUUGCAUUUCAUGAUAAAAUUGAAUAAUCAAUGACGUAGUUUACAUUUAUGUAUCGAAAAAUUCGAAAAUAUUCCACAACGCGGCCGAUAAUUUAUUGCGUAUGCAAAUUCAGGCCCGUUAACAGCCAUACACAAUCGCUCGUUUACGCGAUACUAGAUUACCAAUAAAUUGACGUUUAUGUUUCCUUUCCUCAUUAACGUCAAUCCGUGAUCUCGUUGUAUCAUUCGACUCUUGAAUGCAUCCGGUUAUUUUAAUUACGAAAUUUAAUCAAUCAAGACUGACGCGAUGUAUUUAUAGAAAAUUACAAUAUGUAUAUCGUGCAAAACUGUAGUAUUUAUAUAUGAACAAAUGUUUGAACAAAACCGGAGAAUAUUAUGUAUGAAACAUUCCCUAAUUCUUAUUUAUAAUAUCGCUAUAUUAAUAUUCAAUUAGCGUGUUAAUGUUAUGUCUAGCAAUAUAAUAUAAUUUAUUAGUUCUUUCAUUUCUUGCGAAAUAAUUGCAACAAAUAAUAACGGUGAAAUAUUCAAGUGGAAAUAUCUCAUUAAAGAUUUUCAUAUACAAUUUUACCAUACGAUACUGCAUGCUAUUGGGUGAAGAAAAAUUUAUUCGAGCGUCGUGCAUUCAAGAGUUAAAUGACGGAUUAUAUGAUACUUUGUAUAUUGUCCUAGGCAUUCCUCACUGCCAUACACAGGAUAAUACCUGACUUUAUAUAUCUCUGUGCUCUUUCGUUCCCAAUAAUGUAUUUAUAAAUCACCGCAUGAGUGAAAUGGAUUCUCGCUCGCAUCGUUUCAUGCGUAUGUAACACCAUAUAUGUAAUUUAAUAGUUACGUAUGCGUGUUUUCUCCGAGAGGAAUCCUAAGAUUCAUCUACCGUUGCUCCGCAAACGCAAACGUCUACACGACCUGUGUAACGAUAUUUUAGCGUCUUUUCUACUUAAGCGACAUAUAAUUUUGUAGAUAGUCAAUCGCAUACGUUUAAUUUGCGCUCGUGCGAGCGCGCAGCUUAAAGUAAUAUUGGUCUUCGCUACUGCGUUAAAUUCUUCGUUUCCGCUGAAGGAGCGGUAGAAGACCGCUUUCGUCGCGUGAAGCAGUUCCAUGGGACAUCGUUACAUUAUACGAGUCGUUUAUCCAAGAGUUAGGGUAGCAAUAAUGCACAACAUACUUUGAAUGUACACCAUCGACGUCCAAUUUAGAGAAUAUUCGUAGCACUCUAGUUAAGUAGACAUAGUGGAGUAAUGGUUUGCGUGUCACGGCAGGACGAUGAGGGUACGACGAGGUGAUCCGGAAGUGGCGGAAGUCACUGGCUAUGGCAUAGGAUAACUUCUACUUUGUUGGGAUUGCAUGUCCAAUUACAAGCUGUGUCAUGAGAAUAUAUAUAUAUAUAUAUAUAUAUAUAUAUAUAUAUAUAUAAUUAUUUAGCUUUGUAAGUAUUUCUUAAGUCGGACGUGUACAUAUAGAGGAAACGACGUUGAAAAAUAUGUGAUAAGAGGCACGGCUUUGGCCAUGCACGACUACGUUCGUUCGAAUACCUCCACCAUUAUUUGUGAGAAAUUCGAUACGUGAGAAAAAAAAGAAGAAAAUGAAAAAUACCAAAGCACGGUUUCUUGGUCGCGUCUUCGGUAAUGUUCAAUUAUCUCGAUAAUCGAUGUCAAUAAUCGAAAGUAUAUUCCUUAUCCCUUUGACUGAUCGUGGUAGUUGUUGCGCAAAGAGAGAAAGAGAGACCAAUGUUCAUGUAAUAUCAAUGGCGAUAUAUAGAAAUCUUUAUCAGAUAUGACUGUCAAAGUCACCACGCGAGACACGAGGAAUUCUCACAAAUAUCGCUGGCAGGUACUGUUUUAUAAAUAUUUCAUAUAUUUUGUUAUACACUGUUUCUAUGCUCCUUGCAUUAUAAUUCAAGCUAAGUGUACUAUAGCAUUAUAUCUGACACUCUUCACGACUUCUACCACGACUUUUUACACUUCCACACAGAAUUGCGAAGCAAAUAACGUAACUCUCUCCCGAAUAUAUAAAGUAAUAAGGUCAAUAAGCACAAAUAUAAUAAAACAAUUCUCUUCCUAUAUUAUUAUUAUCCGCUCGAAGUCAAAGACCUCCUUUUAACAAAUAUUAUAUAUCCUUAAGAGUAUCUUUGACCAGCUGUUCGAGCGUAUGUACAAGGAGACAAAUAUUAAACACAGCAAUGCUAUAUAAUGCAAUUUCACGUUAAUCUCUUAUCGCGUAGUUAUUUUUUCAUCGCGUGAAAGGUUGCACUUAUAAACCAAGUGUGUUGUUGUGUGAAAAAGGGUGUAAAAAUAGAUAUUAAAGUAUCCUCGCUGUUCUACCUCUUUAAAAGAAAGACCUGGAAACUUAACGUUUUUAUCGGCAAUAAUACAAAAGAAUUUCUUGAGAAAGAAAUAUCGAGAGAAAUAUUUUAUCGCGGAAGAAUGCAAUGAAAUUUUAAGAAGAUAUAAAUUUUUAUAGAGUACCGUGGUUUGUGGUACGUCCGUGCUGUGCCGUAAGGGAUUAACUCAGAAAUAUUCGUAACACACGUACAUACGUAACUGCGCGUACAAAAAUAAAACGCAGACUCUUACGUGUGAAAAAUCAAAGUCAGGAGAUUACAUUGAAAUUCCAUUUCUGCCUGCGCAAUCGUAUUUUUUCAAUUGUAUUGUACAUUCGUCAACUGAUCUAGUUAGGAGACACUUCCAAGUGACGGCCUUAAAAUAAAGGAUUUAUUUUUUUCACGAUGAUAAAUAUCUGGCAGCAGGUGAACGUAGCGAGGCGAAGCGAUCUCUAAAAAUGAUUCGCGAAGCGAAGGACGAAACAAAACGGAAAUAAAACAGGAAAUGCGAGCGAGAGAAAGAGAGAACAGAAUAGGCUUUUCUCUACGAACUUAAUCUUUACGAAAAUAAUAUCUGAACGUUUGCAAAUAUUUUUAAACACUUGUACAAUUGUGCUUAUAUAAGUGGCAUUCUUUGUUCGACAGAUGGGUUACGAAUAAUAAUAAAUGAAAGAUAAUUACAAAUUA